CUGUGGUACUCAAGCUAAAAGAGUAAGCGGUGAAUUUGAAUACCCUUCAUUAUCAGAGCAUUCUUUACAUGUAAGCCGAUGUUAAAUUUACACCUUUGUUGCGUUCAUGAAGGUAGGAGUUAAUUUAAAAAGUGCUUUCGUUUUUGAUUAUUCGGCACAAUGGUAUUGCUGCGAGUGUUCUGGUUACAUACAGUGGACUUCAUUGGCAGGAAGGAUACUCACGUGGCCUUAAAAACGUGGGUACGCCACGCUAUUCGAAUGUGUAAAUGUAGAUAAUAUUAACUAGUGGUUUGGUACUUUCUUGUCAAUUGUAUGCAGAUUCACUGUAAAUUUAACUAUGUUUAGUUCGGAACAUGAAAAAUGUCAACAUCCCUUUUAGCUACACGUAGAUGUAGCUAUAGUAAAUGCAUACAGGUCAGGAUCUGUGAGUAAAUCGAGUCAAAGGCGAUGGAAGGACAAGAAGUGACUGGAUCAGAAGGCAUGAUGAAGAUAGGAAAAAACCUUGCACAAGCAGAAACCGGAGUCAACGAAGAUAACAGGGAAGAGGGAGCUGUUAGUGGGUCAGCUCAGAGAUGUCGAAAAAUUCAGGUCCGUUUCUGCGGGUCCACUCCUCUGCUAUGGCGGACGGCUGAAGUCAGAGCAGCGCGAGAGAGUGGCGUGGUUGGGACCCUGGUGGGAUCGUUGCCUCGACAGCCCCGGCAGAACAACCGACUGGGCAGGCCCCUGGAACUUCUUCAAGAGGAAGCGCGACUGCUGACAGAGACAGGCCAAGCUGUGCUUUGCCCUGCCGUGGACCCGGAGAGCGCCGAAGCAACAAGCUCACAUAAGGUGGAGCGACAUCUGGAGAUGCUGGAGCGGAGCUAUGAGGAGCAAAAGGCUCUGGCGCUGCAGGACCGGAAGUCUGUGUUGAUGAGAGUGUUGACACAGAAACAAGAGGAUGCAGACAGCGGGGAGUGCUCAGAGCAGGCCGUGCGAGACCGGCUGGAGGCCCUUGAGAAGGGUUUCUCUCUCCCGCGUUCGGCCAUGGCGGUCCAGCUGCACACGGCCAGGGCAGGGCUGGGUCACGACCCUGAGGAGCGCCACUUCCUGAUGGCUGAAUGGCUGCAGCCUCGCGAUGAGAGGUCAGAGAUCAGGUUCCGUGUCUUCCGGGAUCUCAGGCGACAAGGCUACUACCUCACUUCUGCUGGCAAGUUUGGUGGAGACUACCUGGUGUACCCAGGAGACCCCCUCCGUUUCCAUGCCCACUUCAUCGCUCUGUGUGUUUCCAUGGAAACAAUGACACCCCUAUGUGACCUGCUGGCCCUCUCACGGCUGGGAGCUAAUGUGAAGAAAACUAUAUUGCUUUGCUCCCCCAGCGAUGGCGACGGGGGUGAAGAGGAAGACGAGGUGGUAUACACAUCACUGCAGUGGAGCGGAAUGGUGUAGCUUCCUCAGGACUUAGAAAAUUUGGCUUCACAGUUUCCAGUCUCAGAUGGGACUCUGAAAUAAAGGCCCUCACCUGGAUUGCUCUUGGAUAUGCUAUGCUGUGUACACAGGCUCCAGUCAAACUGAACGCAUAGGCCAACAGGAAAGCCAAGCGAAAAACUUGAAAUCAUGAGCUGGAAGAU